AUGUGGUACCACAAUGGGUUGCCAGCACUUGAUGUGCCGUUGCCGUCGCGUCAGGAGAUGUGUCAAUUUACUCUUCGACCCGUGAACGAUACUGUGGCUCAGUUCUGCCAGAAUAUCAGAAACGAGGAUAAGGGCAUCGAAAUCGUCCGCCUCUAUGCACAGAAUGAUAACCGGAUUGCGGGCAGCACCUCAGUAGAGCACCUGUUAUUGCAGGGCAAUUUUAAGCUGCGUGUCAAUGAUGUGAUUUAUACUGUUGACGUGCCUUCGUUUCCGACUAUUGAAUCGAAUAGCAAAAUGGGCAGCGACAGAUUGCGCAAAUUCGAUGAUUUGAAAUCAGCGGUGGCCUCACUGCAUGCUGUCAUGAAUGUGGAUGAAUUUAAAGCAUUUCGGGAACGAAAACUCAUGGAACGAUUCGAAACCGUGCAAGCAGAGCUUAAGCCACUCAGCGAAGUACGCUUCACAAAAGCUCGGAUUGAUGCGGAAUGCGAGAAACAAGCACAGCGAACAUUGUGGUAUACACUUGGAUUGAUGGGUCUCCAAGCGGGAUUUUUUGCUCGGUUGACAUGGUGGGAGUAUAGCUGGGAUAUCAUGGAGCCAGUCACUUACUUUGCAACGUAUGCAACGCUGAUGGCUUCGUUCGCCUAUUACAUGUACACCAAUCAGUCAUACGAUUACGGAGACCAUAAAAGGAGAAGACGAAACAUACUGUUCCAUCGGAAAGCAACAGAGUACAACUUUGACAUCUCCAGGUUCAAUGAAUUGCAAAAUCUUGCACGGUCGAUAAACCACGACUUGACGAGGCUUCGUGAUCCACUGUACCAGCAUUUGCCAGCAGCACGCUUGGCGUCACUGCUAAAUGAGGACCCAAGAAAGUCAUCUGGUGGUAAUCCGGUCGAAGAAGUUUCAUCCUGUUAA